UUCCCAGGAAGACCGGGCUGGGAGCGCGGGCCUGGCCGUUUCCGAGCCGCGGCGGACCCGGGAGGGCGCCCGGCGAAAGGGGCGAAGGGCCUCAGGGAGGGGGGAUGCCCGAUGCCCGGGCCUGCGGCGCUGAGCGCGGCUGCGGCGGUGGCGGCGCUGGUGGCUGCCCUGCUCUUGCUGCGGCCUGAGGACGCGGGGCCAGGGUCUGGCUCCAGGAUGGCAGAGACAGAGGCGCUGCCCAAGCUUCGGGAAGACUUCAGGAUGCAGAAUAAAUCUGUCUUUAUUCUGGGCGCCAGCGGGGAAACCGGCAGAGUACUCUUAAAAGAAAUCCUGGAACAGAGCCUGUUUUCCAAAGUCACGCUCAUUGGCCGGAGGAAGCUCACCUUCGACGAGGACGCUUAUAAAAAUGUGAAUCAAGAAGUGGUGGAUUUUGAAAAGUUGGAAGACUACGCCUCUGCCUUUGAAGGUCAUGAUGUUGGAUUCUGUUGCCUGGGUACUACCAGAAGCAAAGCCGGAGCAGAGGGAUUUGUUCGUGUCGAUCGAGAUUAUGUCCUGAAGUCUGCAGAGCUGGCCAAAGCUGGAGGCUGCAAACAUUUCAACUUGCUAUCCUCCAAAGGAGCUGAUAACUCGAGCAAUUUUUUAUACCUGCAAGUUAAGGGAGAAGUGGAAGCCAGGGUCGAAGAAUUAAAAUUUGAUCGUUACUCCAUAUUUAGGCCUGGAGUUCUACUGUGUGAUAGGCAAGAAUCUCGCCCAGGUGAAUGGUUGGUUAGGAAAUUCUUCGGCUCCUUACCAGAGUCUUGGGCCAGCAGGCACUCUGUGCCAGUGGUGACUGUGGUUAGAGCGAUGCUGAACAAUGCGGUGAGACCGGGUGACGGGACGACCGAGCUGCUGGAUAACAAGGCCAUCCACGACCUGGGCAAAGCUGAUGGCUCUCUCAAGCCGUGAUCACACUGGAGAAAUGCUUUUCACUGUAAACCUCAACACCCACCACCUAAUUGGUAAUUUCCGGGUCUGAAAAAAGUCAGCAUGCUUUAACUGUGGUUCUCAGCCUCCCAGAUCCAAUCAAAGAAUGGUUGUGCUCUGCAUCAGCAGUUCAGAGCUUGGUUGUACAUAUAUAUACACAUCACUAGGGGGCUUUUAAAAUUAUAGAGAUACAGGGCCAGCCCCCGUGGCCCAGUGGUUCAGUUCAUCACGCUCUGCUUCGGUGGCCCAGCUUCGGUUCCUGGGCACGGGCCUACACCACUCUGUUAGCGGUCAAGCGAUGCUGGGGGCCCACAUACUAAACAAAAUCAAGGAAGACUGGCAUCGAUGUUAGCUCAGGGUGAAUCUUCCUCAGCAAAGAAAAAAAAAUAUAGAGAUUCAUAGGCCCUAUCUUGAAUAUUCCUAAUCAGAAUUUUUGGGGUGCAGGCACAGAAAUCUGUGGUUUUGUUUUGUUUAGGCUGCUGGUGGUGGUUCUGAUGCCCUGGGUGGGGAGGCUAGCUUUGAAAUGCUUGUCUGCAGUCACAGCAGCAGUGCUGCAAACCUUAUAUAUCAUGCAGAUGAGUUCUGUUCUCAAAUUGCUGACAUUCGUGUCUUUGAGUUACCCAGUGCUGACUACAUGGGAUUGUGUAAGUGAACAUUGUGCCUUACUACUUCUUUAGAAUAUAUAAUAAAGGUUAUUAUAUAACUGA